AUGUUUGAAACUGUUUUUACUGAACAUUACAGUUUAUUGUCAACUUCAGAAGUAGCAAUGGAUCCUGCGUAUAGGAAUCGAAUUUUAAGAAAUAAGGACUAUUUAUCUAAAAAAAUAAGUUUAGAUAAAUUAAAAAAAUAUUUAAAGAAACAUAAUAUUUUUACUAAUGCUAUGUUGGAUGAUAUUUAUAAUUCCCCAUCUAAAUACGACUUUUUCAUAGAGCUAACCACAAGAGGUCCUGAUGCUUUUGACAAAUUUCGUCAGGUUUUAGUGGAUGCUGGAUAUUCUGAAGAAGCUAAAUUUUUGGAAACUAAUUCACCUAAUACUGAUCUAACAUUGAAUGUGAUCGCUAGAAAGCGGUUAUGUUACAAAAUGAAUUCGAAACCGUUCAUUGGACAUUGCUUUAUAAUAAAUAACGUCAAAUUUGAGUCUCAUUCGUACAGAUAUGGUUCAGAUGUAGAUGCUGAAGCUUUGCACGUCUUAUUCAGGAAACUUGGCUACAACGUGACAAAUGAAAGAAACUUGACAGCGGACGAGAUGCGAGCUUAUUUGAAAAAAUUCAGCCAGGAGGAUUGGUCUGCCGUAGAUUCAUGUGUUCUUUUUAUUUUAAGUCAUGGAGACAAUACGGACAAUCUGGAUAUCAUCUAUGGAUCUGAUUCCGACUUUGUGAAAAAAAUUGAAAUCUAUCAAAUGUUCGACAAUUUUAAUUGUGAAUCUUUGAGAUACAAACCUAAACUAUUUUUUUUCCAAGCUUGUCGUGGAGAUGAAGAAGAUUAUGGGAAAUAUCCAAAUGUGUCAGCUGAUGCAGCCAGAAUAGUGAAAAUUCCAACGAUGUCCAAUAUGUUAGCAGUACAUAGUUCUCUUCCAAAUCACAAAUCAUAUAGGGAUCAUGAAAAAGGUACCUGGUUUUGUCAAGAUUUAAUUGAAGUCUUCUCUAGUGAUUAUUUAACUGAAGACUUAGAAACUAUGUUAAAAACUGUUGCUCUAAAACUUGAAUCUAGACUAUCAAUGAAAAUGUGUAAGCAAGUUCUUCAUAUAGAUCAUUUUGGUUUUAAAGCUGCUAUUUUCUUUUGCAUGGAAAAUGUUGCUGACAUUUGUGAAAUUUAUGACCCCCAAAAGCUUGGAAUGCCCUAAAUUUUUGUAGAAAAAGACUAACAUAAUUUUAUAUUUUUUAUAUAUUAUUGUUUUGAAGGAUGUAUUUCUUGUUAAUAUAGGGAAAGUUUUCCAAAACAGGUAAAGAAUCAUAUAAUGUACUGUUUUGGAAUAUAUUUGAAAAAGAGACUUAACCUCUUACUGUAGUUUUUAAAGUUAAAAUUAUAUGGCUUAUAAAUUGAAUUAAUAUUGAAUGUUCAUUGUCAUUGGUUAACACAAUGACUGUGAAAAAUAUUUUGAAGUUAAGGUAUUAUUAUUUAUUUAGUUAUUUUACAAUUGGCACUCGGCAUUUUUAAAAUUUUAGGUCUUUUAUUUCAGUUUGCAUGAUCUCUGUAAAACUAUUAGGUUGUUAAUUGUAUUCUGUCUUUAAAAAUAAAUGUAUUUUAUGAAUUCUUAUAAAAGUUUGUAACAAUGUAAUGAAAUGAAGAGUUUUUGUUACAUUGGUGAAUCAAAGAAGAUAAUUAAAAUUAAUUAUUACAUUAAUAAAUAAAUAAAUCAUAUUAUCUGUGGAAUUCAUGUGCCUUUUUUUAUACUGUUCCUUGUUCAAAUUGUAUAGAAAAUGUAUAGGUAAAUCAACAGUUUUAUAUGAAUAUUUGAGCUAUUACAUCUUUGUGGCUUUGUUGUAGCCUAGCCUUAUAGUUACUGACUAUAUGUUUCAAUAAGAAAUAAUAAUAUAAAUGUGAUUGUUUAUGAUAAAUGUUCUUUAUUUCGAAACGAGGGUGCUAUUAAUAUCAAGUGGUAUGUACUCAAUUUUCAUUAACAUUCUUAUUGAUUUAAAAUUGUUGUUUUAUCUUCUUAACACUCAUAUUUGUUUAAGUGCCAUAGUGCUUUAAAAUUUAUUUAAAAAGUCUGUUUAAAAACUUUCUUAUAAAAUUAAAUUAUUAAUGUAUAAAAUAUUGACCUGAUGUCUUUAUUAUAUAUAUAUAUGUGUGUGUGUGUGUGUGUAUAAUUACACCAAGGGGUUAAAUGAGUUUCUUUCAGGUAAGUGUUCUAGGAUAUUUUUGGCAAAUUGGUUCUGUUUUUACCUGCUGUAGAUUUUAUUGCAGUUUUUGUGCUGUUUCAAAAUGAAGCUUUGCUAAGUGAAAUAGUUGCUGCUUUCAUUCUCAUUAUUUAAAAUGAUUAAUGUUGUAACAGUCUGUAUCAAAUAUUAAAUGUUUUUGGAUUCGAACCAAAAUAAAAUUCGGUAUAAUAUAGUUUAUUAUAAAACCCAAUAAUGCCUAAAGAAUAUAUUUAAAAAAAUUCUUUGAUAGUAAUGUGAUGAAUGAAGCUGUGAAUAAAUUUCUAAAAGUUCCUCGCAACCUGGUUGGAGUUGAUAUACACUGCUUAUUCUAUUAUUUUAAAUUACUAUACUAUUAUUUGAAAGUCUACAGAGAUAGAAUCUCUAAAUAAGCUAUCUUAUUUAUCAGUCAUAGUUUGUCCAUCGCAGGCCUAGAUAUAUUUUACCCUAUGAGCCAAAAUACUCCAUUCAACAGAGCCCUGACUUGGAUGCUUUCCCGCACAUAGCUUAGAUUUAAGGGAGAAGGGUAAUUCGCAACUGUAUCCGAUUAUGUUUUCUAAGAGGUGCUGCUGCCCCUGACAAUGAUUGUUGCACUUUUUUUUUUAAAAAAUAAUUAGAAGACAGUAGUUACAGGAAUGAAAUGUUUAUCACUAAAGAAAAACUCUUAAUUCAAACAAAGAU